UACACUAUCUAUUGUUCAAUUGUUGUUAUCGGAAGUCAAAGCAUACGUACCGUAUCGAAUCUGUGCAUCCCCAUCCUCAUGGCUUCAACCAACGGUGCUGUUAUCGUGAUCAUGGGUGUCAGUGGCGCCGGAAAAACCACAAUUGGUCGGAGGCUGGAAAAACAAAUUAGAUAUAAGUAUCUUGAUGCUGAUGAUUUUCAUUCUCAAUUCAACAAAGACAAGAUGAGCGCGGGAAUCCCACUUACAGAUGAAGACAGGAUGCCAUGGCUUGAAUCACUGAGAGAUGCCAUAAAAGAAUCCUUAAUUAACAAAAAGGGUUUGAUUCUUGGCUGCUCUGCUUUGAAGAAGCAAUACAGAGAAAUACUUAGAUCAGGUGACCCUGAUUAUAAAUUGGAGAGUUAUGCAAGUGCUGUUAAAUUCAUUCUAUUGGAUGUUCCUGCUGAAGUGCUAAUUGCUCGAUUAAAUAAGAGAGCUGCAAAAGGAGAACAUUAUAUGCCUGCAUCUCUUCUGCAAUCUCAGUUAGAUUUGCUUAACAUUGAUGAAUCUGAGGGAAUACUUAAAGUUGAUGCUACUUUAAGGCCUGAAUCCAUUGUUAAUAGCAUUAAAGAAAUGCACCCUUUUCAGGGUUAUUUUCAAUCAUGAUGAUUAUGUUGAACCUCAGUACUAAUGAUAUGAAACUUCUUGUA